AUGAGGCACGACGAGGCGCUCGGCGUGCUGGGACUCAAGCAUGGAGCCAGCAGGGAUGACAUCAAGAAGGCGUUCCGGAAGGCCGCGAUGCAGUACCAUCCGGACAAGGACCCGUCCUCGGCUGCAGCGACAAAGUUUGUCAAAGUGAAGGAGGCCGCCGACGCGCUGCUUCACGGGCGCACGACGAGCGGGGCGCGGCCGGGGUCGCAGUGGAACAGCACGAGCGACCACGGGUACGGGGAGUGGCACCGGCGCGGGCGCCCGGGGGCGCAGGGCAGCGCGUACACACAGGGGCAGUGGGGGCCGGGGGCGGGGUCGGCGGGGUAUAACUGGCAGCGGCAGGGGUACGGAGGGCGCAGCGCGUGGUACCAGAGCGGGCCGUACGCGGCGUACGGGUGGCAGCGGGCGGCGCGGACGAACAGCAACAUUCCGGCGAUGUUUGUGGCGGGGUGCGUGCUGGCGGGCGUGGGGUUGACGGUCGCGGGGUGGGUGCGGGUGAUCACGGGGGACGUGGCGUCGCAGCCGCUGCGGAUGGGACCGUACUCGAAGAACUACGUGCCGAAGCCAGGCACGCCGGAGUACGAGUGGGUGGAGUCGCUGCGCGAGGAGGCGCGGCUGCGGCAGGAGGAGGCGCUCGGGAGGGCGAUGCGAGAAAACAUGGAGCGCGUGCGCGCACAGAGCGACCGGCAGCGGGAGAUCAUCGCGCGGAGAAACCGCCUCCGACAGGAGCGCGCGGAUGCGAGGGACGCGGACAGCAAGCCUGGCCCACCGCCGACGUCGCCGGCGCUGCCGCGCGGGUCGUGGAGCGAGGCGGGCGCGGGCGGCGAGGGCGUGGGCGGGCUGAGCGGGCGGCCCGCGGCCUCGGACGACUGA